UACAUAAGCGUUUUACAUCAAAUUGGAAACAUUAUCAACUGUGAUGAUCCACCCAGAUGAGUUUAUUUAGAAAGCGCGGUCCUACCUCAGAAGAUGUGGCACGUGAGAAUCAAAUUAAGAGGACCAUUACAAACGAGCUGUCCUCAUCAAUACGAACCCUCCAAAGGGAGCAUCACCGCAAAGAUGAAGUCAUCACAAGUACGGAUAAGGCAAACGCUGUGUGUAAUAUAUUAGAAGCCAUUUUUCUACACAAUCUAAAGAAUUCAGUUUCUAAAAAGUUUGCAAGUUAUAUGGGUCUUACUCAGACUGGAGAGAAUGCGGAUACUUCAAUUAGUUUCUGGCAGUUUGCUGUGAAGUUCACACACAGUGAUGUCUCAGCCCAGCUGAAGAGGCUUGGUCAGGUCACAACAGAAAUCGGACUCUGUCGGGCUUGGAUCCGUAUGGCUCUGAAUGACUGUCUGAUGGAGAGUUACGUUGAUGCGAUGUUAGCUGAUAAGAAAACACUAGAGACAUUUUAUCAUCGAACAGCGUACCUUCGUGAUCAUGAACAACCAGAGAUAUUCAAAUCGUAUCUUAAAGGUUUGAUGUCAUUGGAAUUCAAACUGUCAUACAACUCUCGAGUGUUGAACAGCUGGUCUAAAUCUCCACUGGUCUUAGCAGGACUUCUACAGCCAGACAACACCCCUCUACCUGUGAUAUCUUCAGAACAAAAAGAGAACAGCCCUGAUGAGAAAUACUAUGAUGGGGAGGUUUCUAAUGGCCUUGAAACUGUUGAUGUGAGAAGUUUAAGAACGAGGUCAAGAGGAAGUAGCUCUGAAAGUGAGUCAAGGGCGUUUAAAGGUCAUAAGGUGAAAAAGUCUCAGAAAAAAAAUCAAGAUUCUUCCUGUGAUUCUGAUAACAAAACAUUAGCUUUAAGCUCUGAACUCACUCGCAGCGAUGUGGAAAAAAUUAGAAAUAUGGGCAGGACAUCAUCUCAAGAUACAGGAAUGUCUGAGUGUUCAAGUUCUAGUCAUAUUUCCUGUCCAGAUCCUGUGAAAUACAACAAGAGUCCAGUGUCCUACAUUGAAAAUGAAAAAGAAAACAUGUUCAGUUUAACAGAAGAUAACGAUAUUGUUGAGUCGCAGAAUAGGGAAUCAGCUGUUUGUGAGAAUUUUACAACAAAACCAGAAGAGACAGCAAAGUUUAAAAUUGGAAAUUCUCCAGAAAUUAAUAAUAUAGACUACGAUGCCAUAAAUGCAAGAAUUCUUGAUGAUAUUUUGAAUGAAAGUGACGAAGAAAGUACAAAAAUUGAAGCUUCCAACUAUUUCCAGCAAUCAGGACUUCCCGACUUAUCAGUUACAUCUCUGAAUACAGAUAUUUCACCUGCUUCAAAGUCUUUAUCUUCAACACCAGAUUUUGAUCGAGUAUCUGUUUCUCCGAUUAGUCCUUCGGAAACACGGACAAAAACUUCUAAAGUGAAAGGAAAGAUGCGCAGACUUAAACCAAAUUUAAGUCCUCCUCAAAAAUCUUCUGUGGCACCAGAAUUGUCACCUGCUGUGGCAGUUAGUAUAGAAACAGCAGGCGCAAUGUCAAGAAGGGGGAGAUUAUCCAUGCCUGACAUUCGUAAUGUAGCCAUGUCGGAACCACGGAACAGGUUAGGUGUUAUUGAUGCUCAAUCAGAGCCUGACAUUCCAGGACAGUUAAAUGAGGAAAAUGACCAUGAUUCUCAGGUAGGCUCACCAUAUGUUGGUAACAGUCUUGGUGCUAAAAGUGGAUGGUCAUCCUCAUUUGACCUUGAGGCUCAGGACACUGUUCAGCCCCUACCGCCACCCAGGGCCAGUGAAACAAUGACCAUAGGACGACCCAAAUCGGAGAGUUUCGGAACUCUUCUACAGAACUACACUCCCUCCAGUUCGGCCAUGACGUCUCCGUCCCUUGAAGAUGUGCUUCAGGAUUUACCUGUAUUAAACAAAGUAUCUUCUCCAAAACGAAACAUUCCUGCAGAACAGAUGGAUAAUGAAACUAGUGCUGAUGACUUUGAAAUAGUAUCAGCCUAUAGCUAUGCUUCUCAUGAGAAGCUUGAUGGACACAUGGAAAGCCGACUAGCUCUACUUGGGGAGAUUGCCUGUGAGAAAGGACUGGAUGCACAAAACUAUAAGUGUGGGGGCUGUAGUAGGCCUGUAGGUCUCAUAUAUGGUAACCCACGCCUUUGUACAUUUGAUGGCAUGUAUUACUGUUAUGAAUGCCAUGAGAAUGAAGAAUAUUACAUUCCUGCCUUCAUCAUACAUAACUGGGAUUUCAGAAAACAUAAAGUUUCAAAAAGAAACUUAAGAUUUCUACAAGACACUGAAGAUCAGGCUUUAAUCAAUAUUUCAGAAAUUAACCCCAAAUUAUAUGAACAUGUAAAAGAAAUGGAAGAUGUACAGCUGAGUCGAAUGCAGCUUACUUACCUAAAGACUUACUUGUUCACCUGUAAACAAUCCAUCGCUGAAGAGUUCCGAAAGAGCGUUUGGCCAAAAGAUUACAUUUACGAUACAAUGGAUGUGUAUUCACUGACAGAUCUCCUUCAAGUUCCUUCAGGACAAUUACAGCAGAGCCUUAAAAAGGUCAUCAAGUUUGCCUCCAAGCAUGUGUACGACCAGAAAGGAUUUAUCUGUGAGCUUUGUAACAACCCAAAUGUCAUCUACCCAUUUGAGGUGGCACUUACUGUGAGGUGUCAUCGAUGUAAGUCUGUCUUUCACAAAAGCUGUAAAACAGACACUCGUCAUUGUCCGAAAUGUCAUCGUCGAGAUAGCCGCAAAUCACUGGGUCAUAGUGAGGCUCUCACACCGGAUAUCCAUGAUUAUGCUUACUCUCCUCAUCGGUAGUAGAGGACACGGAGGUAGUAGGGUCAAAAGGUCAUAAGGGCAGAUGGUUGAUGUAUUGCCAAGAUUAAUAUGUUACAAUAUACAUUCUUACUUAUUAAAAGAGCAGUUAUAUAGAAAAAAAAACAUUACUGUGAAACCAAGUGAAAAAAAUACCAGCUGCCAAAUAUAAGACAGAAAAUAGACUUUUACGGUUAGCUUGUAAGCAAUGAAAUUGUGAAUUCAUAAAAAUUAAAGUUUUACGCAAUGCAGUUAAUGAAAAAAUGAGAUUUUCAACAAAUGCUUUUACCUGUGUAUUUUAAAAAAAAGGGAUAUUUAACUGAACAAAAGAUUGAACAUGGUGUACAAAGUUGUCCUAUGAUGAUUAAAAAAUUUCGUUGUUUUUACUGAAAACAUGU